AUGGGCCCCUGUACCGCCUCCUCAUGCUGCUGCCAGGCCCGUAAUUUGCCAUGGGCCCCCGUACCGCCUCCUCAUGCUGCUGCCAGGCCCGUAAUCUGCCAUGGGCCCCCGUACCGCCUCCUCAUGCUGCUGCCAGGUCCAGAGUGUCUCAUGGGUUCCUGUACGGCCUCCCAUUGCUGCUGUCUCCAUCGCCACACUCUGCCAUGUGCCACUUUCAGGUCUCCUCACACUGCUGGUGGGUUCCAUUUUUGUCAUAGGGUGCUGUAUGGCCUCCCAUUGCUGCUGCCUCCACCGCCCACACUGUGGCUCCACACUCUGGUUUUGGCCCCGUGACUGCCCAAAUGAGUGAAGUGUGCGGUGAUUCUAAGAUCGGCGGCACUCAUCUGCAGAAUAUAUUCGCAUCGAAUUUAUUCCUCGAAUUCGCCGAAUCAGCCGAAUCGAAUUUUUGAAUACUUCGCUCAUCUCUAAUAAUAA